AUGAAGAGAUUACGUAGAGAAAGUGAUUUUUAUAGCAAUGUUCAUGAAAAUGAUUAUAGUGAAGAACAAAGUAUUUACUCUAUAAAUAAUACGGGUAAAUGGAAACGAAGUCAACUACUUGGAAAAGGUUAUAAUGGCACUGUUUACUUGGUUGAGAUGAUCAAACCACCUCCAAUAAUAACAUCAUCACGUUUAAAUGGUUCUCAUCCUAUUAUGGCCGUUAAAACUACUUUGGCUUCUCGUAGUGAUGAGCUCAAGAAGGAGAAGAAGUUACUCCAACUCUUUCAUGAUAGUCCUUACAUUGUUCGAUGUUUUGGAGAUGACAUAACAAUCACAACAGACAACAACGGAAACAAAACUAAACUCUACAAUGUUUUCUUGGAGUAUGCUCAAGGUGGAUGUUUAGCUGAUUUUAUGGACGUUACUAUAUUGUCUGAGACUAAAGUGAGACAAAGAUAUACAAAAUCUAUUUUGAGAGGACUUGAGUGUGUUCACAAGAAAGGUAUUGUUCAUUGCGAUUUGAAACCUGAGAAUAUAUUGAUGGUGAAGGAAGAAGACGACGAUGAGGAUUUUGUGGCUAAAAUAUCGGAUUUUGGACUUUCGAAAAAGAUGUCUGAUGAUUGGAGGACUCCUGGUAUUGUGAAAGGAACAAAAGUUUAUUGGGCUCCGGAAUGUGUAGAAGAUGAAAUUCAAGAACAGUGUUCGGAUAUAUGGGCACUAGGUUGUAUUGUUUUAUAUAUGCUAACAGAUGGAAGUAUGAGAUGGAACAACAAAAUGAAUGAAACUAUGUCUAAAGAUGCUAAAGAUUUUCUCGUCAAGUGUUUUGAAGCCAAUCCAUUGGAAAGACCAUCCGCCACCAUGCUUUUGAGUCAUCCAUUUGUAGGUGGGAGUGGAUUUAUUAAUAAAGUAAUUCCUAAGAGAAAAAAGAUAAAGAACUCUUAA